AUGUUUGAUGAAUAUUAUGAGAAGUAUCUGAUAUUGGGAUCAAAUGUACCUGAAGCUCAAAGACAGAAGUUAAACUUUUUAAUAUUUUCUAUUAAGAAUCAUGCAAACAAUGAAAUUGAAAUAAAUCCUGAAAAUUAUCCUGAUCUGGAAGUAGAUGAAAUUUAAGGAUUAUUUAAUUUACCAAUCGAGGCUCAAAAGAGUAUGUUCUGUUCAAUGUUUAAGAGUUUAGAAUUAGAGGAUGAUUCAAAGAUUUUAGGUGAAUUACAUGUAAAAGGAGAGACACUUGGAAUUUGGAGAACAAAAAAGUUAGAAUUGAAUUUAACACAUAAAAAAUUAAUUGUACCUAGAAAAGAAGGUAAUGUAGAAAUGUAAUUAUAAAAAUAUGGAAUAAUGUGGAUAGGUUAAAAGAAAAGUAAAAGUUUGCAUUAUUGUUUUAUUUUAAUUGCACAUAAUCAAGCAAUAUAUGAUCAUUAUAAGUAAUUGAUUUUAGGAUCAGAUGAUGAAGAAUAUGCUAAAAAAUGGUUUAAUCUUUUGAGUCCAAUUUGUGAUACUAAACCAAUCUAACCAAGAAGGAUGAGUGUUGAAUUUGCAAAAUAAACAGCUUCCUCUCCUCCUUUGAAUAAAUCUGAUCAAUUGGAUUUGAGUAAAAGUGACAAUUAUAAUGAGAGUUGGUUAUUCUCUAAACCAUCCAAUAAAGAUAUGUAAAAAAUAUCAGAAUAACCAGAAUCUCCAGAUAAUUAAAAAAAGAAUUAAUAAGAGACUUUUACUUGUUUCAAUUAAGAAGAGAAAUAAUAAUUACAUGCAUUCACUCCACAUAAUAUAGUAGAAACAAUACCUAAAGUAUAAAAUGUUCCUUUAUAUUUAACUGAUAUAACUGUAGAUAAAUUUAGGUAAGGAGAAUUUAAUAGAGUAGGAAAUAAUGUUUAUAAAAGUGUAUCUAAGAGAGGAUUAUACUAAGUAUAAGUUAUAUUAGAACAUGAUAUUGAGGUUGUUAAACAUUUUCUGUAUGAGGGUUUUGGAUUUAAUAAAUUUAUUGGAGCUGAAUGGACAAUGUUUGAUUAUUAGGAUUAUAAGGUAGUAGAUUAAACUAGAAUUUAAUCCAUAUUUGGAUAUUAGAGAGAAACAUAAUUAUAUAUCAUGAGAUACAAAUCUUAAGAUUGUAUUAUAGAAAAAUAACUUAAUUCAACAAAUCCAAUAUAUUCAAUUGCUAAAUUAUUCAGAAAAUCAAUUUAAAAAUAUUCAUUUAAUGGAAUUUAAAAAAGAAAUCAAAAUUAUUCUAAUGAUUUAAUUACUCAAUAAACAAUAGUUCAGAUUAUAUGUUAAUUAAAUGAUAAUAUCUUCUUUGAUUCUUAAAAUAUAGCAUUUAUGGAAUAAUAUCAUUGUUUAUCAGAUCAUAUUGAUUAUGUUAUUAAUUUUAGAGAUUUACAUUUUGAAUAAUAAUAAUAACUAUAAACUACUAUGUCUUUAUCUAAUCAUUCUGAUGAUUUUAUUACUGAAAAAUUUGAUUAAUCAAUAGAUUUAGAAAGUAAGAUACCUAAUAAUUUAAUGGAACUUUUAGAAUUUGUUUAAUAGAAUAAACACUGGAAUGUUUGUUUAAAUAAUGAAUUUCAAUUGGAACCUAUUGAAGUAGAACCAAAAUUCCUUAAAUCUACAUCAGAGGGACAUUUCUUAUUAAAAAAUUAUUGGAAAAUAGAUUAAAAUUAAGGUGGUUUAUUAUAUGUUGAUUAGGUUGGAUUAAAAGAACAAAAGAAAGUAUUUUCAUAUUUACUGUCUUAAAUAGGAACAAAUUUAGCUGCUGGAAAGUCUAUAAUGAGUAUUAGUUUACCUGUAUAUGUCUUUGAAAAAUAAAGUAAUCUUUAGAGAUAUGCUAAUUCAUUAACUUACUUAUAAUAUUUAGAUGGGGCAGUUUCAAAAGAUCAUCUAUUUCAAUUUAAAAAUUUCUUGCCAUAUGGAUAUGGUACAGUUAUUUUAUAUUUGAAUAUGUGGAAGCCAUUUAAUCCUAUACUUGGAGAAACAUAUUCAGGUUUUAUUAAUGGUUGUCCUAUUUAUGCAGAAUAAGUAUCACAUCAUCCACCUAUUAGUAAUUUAUUGAUUUAUGGAAAAGGAUAUAGGUAUAGAAUUGUUUUAUUAUAUAUAUUAGAGUAAAUCAUCGUUUAUGUACUGUAGCAAGUAUUUCAGCUAAUUCAGUUAGUGGAAUUAAUUAAGGAUAUACGAAAGUUUAUUUCUAUGAAUCUAAAAAUGAACUCAUUUUCUUACCUUGUUCUGGACUUUAUACAGGAACAUUAUAUGGUGAUAAAUUAUUCUAAAUGGUGGGGAAAUUUCAUGUUAUUAAUUUGAAACAUAGAUUAGUUGCUGAAAUUAAAAUGAAUCCUUAUCCAGGUUCAUUAUGGAAAAAAAGGAGAGAACAUUUAGAUGAUUAUUUUGAAGGUUUCAUCUAUGAAGUAAAUGAAGAAUUUGUUAGGAGAUUUUAAAAAGAUGGAUAUUUGAAAUUUAAAGAAUUAAAAUAAAAUGAAAUUAUAAGGGAAAUUUCAAAAAUUAAUGGAAUAUGGCAUAAAAAUAUGUUUAUAGAUAAUUAAGAAAUAUGGAAUAUCAAUACAGAACCUUAUGUAUUAGAAGAUGAAGAGUAUUAUUAUUAAUAAUAAUUAUUAGUCAUCCUUUACCAUCUGAUUCUAAUUUUAGAGAAGAUUUGAUUGCAUGGAAAACUGGAAAUUUUGAUUUAGCUAUGAAAAUGAAGACUAAAUUAGAAGAAGCAUAAAGAGCUGAUGCUAAAUUAAGAAAAAAGCAUUGA